UAAACCAUGUCCGAAAGACUUACACGUAGCCAAAGAAGAAAAAUCGAAGAUCAAACACAUCAAAAGGUCGAUUUAGAUCAUUUAGCCGAAAUCGACGUUAGUAAACUUGUUACUGAUAGCGAGAGUACUAUCAAAGACGAAGACAAUGUUCAACAAGAAAACAUUGCGCAAUACAAUGACACUGACUCUUCUUUAUCAGAAGAAGUAUUGAGUUCGGAAGAAGAGUCUUCUUCGUCUUCUUCAGAGGAUGAAGAAGAUCUCGACGAACUUUUGAAUAAAGCGCAACAAGCACUUGCUACACAAACAGAUAUGAUUCAGCUUGAUAAAGAAUCCAAUGACAAAAAUCUUAACACAAAACUUUCAAAGAUGAAUGCCGGUAUUUCUGUUGAUAAAGAAGUCUAUCUUAAGAAAGUCAAUGGAAGAGCAAGAUUAGUGCCUGAUGCUGUAGCACUUGUGGACGAUCAUGAAAAGGCAUCUAAAAAAGCAUCUGUUGUCUUGAAAGAAAGUAAUAAUUUAGAAAAGAGACCCUCUAAAAAAGAGCGUCAAGCAGAAAGAGAAAAGACAACAGGUAAAUCAUGGUUUGAUAUGCCCAAGGCAGACAUUACAGACGAAGUCAAGCGUGAUUUACAAGUACUCAAAAUGCGUCAUAUCUUGGAUCGUAAGCGACAUUAUAAGAAGAUGGGUAAACGCCCUGACCCCAAAUACUUUCAAAUCGGUACUAUCAUUGAAAGCCCUACUGAGUUCUUCUCUGCUCGUAUGACCAAUAAGGAACGCAAGCAAACUAUAGUGGACGAGUUGAUGGCCAGUGAUGAUAUGAAGCAAUACUAUAAACGCAAAUUUAAUGAAGUUCAAGAAAGAACAAACAGUGGAGGAAAGAAACAUUUCAAAAAACUCAAGGCUCAAAGACAGAAGAACAAAUAACUUUUUUUUUCACAUAUAUAAAAUCAUGUAUACAAUGUACAUCAUACC